AUGUCGUUGCUCUACUUUCCUUUGCUAGCCGCACUGGCUUCUAUCGGCCUGCCAUCUUCGACAAGCGCUUUCCCGCUCAACUACACGGUCUCACGACAAUGCACGCCGCUCAACGUCACGUGGAAGGCCGUUCCAGAAGCGUUUCCUUACACCGUCUGGAUCCUCGCCAAUCAUGGCUUCGUCCAGACCUUCAGAAUCAACAGCGACUACCAACCAGGAUCUGAGGACAUCACUUUCCAAUACGUUGUGCCACCACCAUCUGCCGGCUUCACCUCCUAUACCGUCACCGUCGGCGAUUCCAGAGGUAAUGGAAACACAACCCAGACACUCGGCAUCACCACUCCACCCGAAUCUACCUCCAACUGCCCCGCCUACACCGGCAGUGCCGCCUUCACUUACGCUGCCGACGCACCCAACGACUCUAUGAUCCAAUGCGGCGAUGUUCGCUUCUACAACAUCGGUGACAGAGGUACAAAGCCCUUCACCAUCAGUUUUGUUCCCUUAGGCAAGACGCCCGUCUCGAUCCGAGUGCCCGACAGUGCUACGCUCAACAUCUCCAACUUCCAGUUCCAGUCUCUUGUGCCCUUCGCAGAAGGCACGCAAUUUCAGACGGUGCUUGGUGAUGCUUCUGGUCCAGGGAGUGGUGGUGCUUCCGAGAUCUUCACCGUUGGUCCCUCUACUGAUUCACCCUCCUGUCUUGCUUCCGAAGUCCAGCUGCCAGGCAAGCUUCCCAUCGCCCUUCCCAUCGCCAACAACGUCGCCACCUUCAGCAAUCUUGCAGGCGCUAUCCCUAUCUCUGGUCCACAUCCUAGCUCUGGAUCUUCUCACCAAACAGGUGCUAUUGCAGGAGGCGCCAUUGGAGGAGCCAUCGCGCUCGGAGUCGCUAUUGGCUGCCUCAUCGCGUUCCUUCUCUACCGUAGACGACAGAAAGCGAAGCGUGAAAUGGCACGCAGCGAAGAAGUCCGCUUCGUUGAUCUUGACGGCGAUGAUGACGAAGACUGGGCAGGAGCUCAGCGAACUCGCAGCUCUAGACGAAAUGGUCCUGGCGGUAGUGAAGAUGGUCGACGAGUGCAAUCGAGCUACACGGUUUCUCCUUUCGUCCACGAGCCUCGACAUCACUCUGGCUCGUCGUACGGUGGAAGCGGGACACAUGGACAAAGCUUAGAGACGACUUCUCCUAUCUCGACCAAUCCUAGCUAUGGCGACUUGUUGAGUGCAGCUGGCAUGUCUUCUUCUGCAGGGGUAUCGCCAAGCGACGACUAUCCUCCACGUCCAGGCAAUCUUUCGGCCUAUUCAAGGACGAGUCAGGAUCAGUUCGCUUCUCGUGCUACAGGCAUUGACCGAGAUGGAACAGGGCUGGCAAGUGAUACAUUGCACGGUGGAUCGUCUUCUAGCGUGGGCUUGCAUUCGGCACCGGCAGCAGCGAGAUCGCCGAGCAAAGCACGAGCGACAGCAGAACAAGCGAGAAGGGAUGCACGCGCGCCAAGACGGGUUGUACAGCACUCGGAUGGUGGACCAUUACCACAACCUUCCAGCGACACGGAGGAUGAAGAAGUGGUAGAUGAGCUUCCACCAGAAUAUGGUGGAUGGCUGCAGACCAAUCCUGCUGGCGCAGCUGCAGGUAGUAAUGUGCAACGUGCUCCAUCCCAUAGCGGGCCAUAUGGUACGUCUCAGCAAUCAAUACCGCCAGCGCAAUCAUAUCAGCAAGGCGGCACAUCAGAAUAUGUUCGUGGACCAUACUAG